CGAUGUCAGUUCCGUUCCAUUCAUUCAUCUGAACGGUUUGUUAGUAGUAUAAUUUACGGCCCCCGUCUGCCAGGGAAGGUAGCAAAAAUAAUAAAAACAUAUUAGCAAAGGCCGACGACGGCGGAUCCGUUCUUCAGCAGUUCUGGUACAAUGCUGUAAUGUUGUGUAGUGUGUAGCACGUUAUCAAAGAAAAGUGCUUCUUGUUUGUGUGUUUGUUUUUUUUUUUCAUAAUUUAUUCGAAUUGGCCUUGAAGUCGAAACAACAGAUGCCCAGGAAUGAAUCAGUGAACUUAAACGGGUGCGCAUCAUAGGAUAGAUGUAGAACGUGAAGUCGUCCGAACUUGCUGUUCAGCCGUUCGCCCACUGCUUCGGCACGAUAUGUGUUUAAACUUAGUGAUUAUUAUGUUGAUUUGAUGGCGAAAGUUUGAUAUGAUUGUGUUUGUCAUAUUAUAUGUAAAGUGCUAGCACGGCUAAUAUAAGCAUAAAACACACGAGGGCGAUAGACGACGACCGAACGGACGGAAGUUUAUCAGCAGCAGCCCGAUAACCGAAAGUGACCAGAGAGAAAUGUCUUCCAAAAACGAACUUAAGAAACUCUCGGAGGAGAGCCUCACCCGCCAACCGGAGGAAGUGUUCGACAUCCUGUGCAAGUUGGGCGAGGGAAGCUACGGUUCGGUGUACAAAGCACUGCACAAGGAAAGCGAGCAGGUUCUCGCGAUCAAACAGGUCCCGGUGGACACGGACCUGCAGGAAAUAAUCAAGGAGAUAUCGAUUAUGCAGCAGUGCGACUCACCGUACGUUGUUAAGUAUUAUGGCAGUUACUUCAAGAACACCGACCUCUGGAUCGUGAUGGAGUACUGCGGAGCGGGCAGCGUGUCCGAUAUUAUGCGGUUGCGGAAGAAGACCCUGUCGGAAGACGAAAUUGCGACGAUUCUGAUCGACACCCUGAAGGGACUGGAGUAUCUGCAUCUGAGAAGAAAGAUUCAUCGAGAUAUUAAGGCCGGUAACAUACUACUGAACUCGGAAGGUCACGCCAAGCUGGCAGAUUUUGGUGUGGCCGGACAGCUAACGGAUACGAUGGCCAAACGAAACACUGUGAUUGGGACUCCAUUCUGGAUGGCCCCGGAGGUUAUAGAGGAAAUAGGAUACGACUGUGUGGCGGAUAUUUGGUCUCUGGGCAUCACCGCACUGGAAAUGGCCGAAGGAAAACCGCCGUACGGCGAUAUUCAUCCGAUGAGAGCUAUUUUUAUGAUACCCACCAAACCGCCACCAUCCUUUCGGGACCCGGACAUCUGGAGUCCGGAGUUUAUUGACUUUGUUAGUUUGUGCCUGGUAAAAAAUCCCGAGGAACGGGCGACGGCCACGGAUCUGUUGACGCAUGAGUUUAUUGGAAACGCCAAACCCUGUAGCAUACUUAGUCAAAUGAUAGCGGAAGCCAAGGAGAUUAGAGAGAAUCAAAGCUACAGACAUGCGGCUGCCAUCAGUCAGGCGAACAAACAAUUGCAGAACAACAAUAACAACUGUCACGAGGGUGAUUCGGAAGAAGACGAAGUAAACUCGAGAACUAUGAAAGAGUUCACCGAGGAUUGCGGCACGUUAGUUCCUGGGCGAGACGACGGCGAUGGCACUAUGAUUGCCCACACAGACUGCGGAACUUUGGUUCCGGAUAAUGCCACUAUGGUGGAACUGCAAUCAAAUCUCGGCACAAUGGUGAUCAACUCCGAUUCGGAAGAAUCUACAAUGAAAAGACACGACACCAAUCCGGAUAAGCCUAAGUAUCGGCCUCUGUUUUUGGAUCACUUCGAUAAGAAAGAAGCCGAAGCAGCCAAUUUUGUCACCAAGUCUAGUGGUCAGCACAGCUACGACGAGGACAGUUCCUCUCCGGAGGAGGCAAUUCAGGAUGCUUCCCCACAGCGACCGCAGCCACAGGUACAGUCUCCUACGAAACAACCGAAUCCAUCUGCUCCGCCAUUGUCGCAAAAUCUCGAUGAACAACAUCUGAACGAUGAACGGCAGCGGUUUCAGUCGCAUCUGCAGCUACAGCUCAAUCAGAUCUCCGCCGUCAGUCCGAACAUGCAUCAGGUGCAGUAUCAGCAGUCACCGAUUGCGAUAACACCGGACGGAUUAGGCGGUGGAGGAGGUGGUGGUGGUGGCAACGGAGGAAUGGAAGCUCACAAUAGGAUCUAUAACAAUAGAAUCAACCUGAUUGAUCAUGAAUACGAUUCGCUUAAAUUCCUCAACUAUGAACAGCUCGAGCAACGGUUGGCCAGCAUAGACAAGGAGAUGGAGAAAGAGCUAGCGGAAACGAACAAACGUUACCACGCCAAGCGGAAGCCCAUCAUCGAUGCGAUCGAGGCAAAACAGCAGAAACGGCAACAAAAGCUGGAGGAAUUCUGAGUGCUGGAUCAGCGAGCACUACAGGCGAAUGGUUCGAUUUUAUUUGUUAGGAUUUUAAAAGUUUAAUGUUUUAGUUCCAAUUUCCGAACGCCGAUAGUUUUCACUGCUACAAACAUUGUGCGAGGCAAAAACCUUUUUAUGCAACAAAAAAAAACACACAUACGACAACCUUAUCAUCCGCAAUCAUCGCCUUCAUUCCCACCUCCCUAGCUGCCUAUUUUAGUGAAUUAGAGUAAAUUCAUACUAAACAGUAGUAGACUUUUCGAAUUUAUAUUCUAAUCAUCAGCAAACGUAGACUUUGCUCGUCGUCGGUUCCCAUCAUAUCUGAUGGGACUAAAUAAAACUAAUUUAUUGGAAAUUAUUUUAUCGGCUUAGUGGAAAUAGUUUGAUUUGUCCAACCUUCCCAUACUAGACAUUUGAAAUUUUGGAGCCUCAAAACACUUUUAUGAAUACAACUGUUCAUUGAUCAUGUUCCGUCCCUCAACGAUUAGUUUGUUUAUCAUUUCAAUCAAAACUUUAGAUGCCAAAAUCUCCUGUCCCAACCAAAAUACUAUUAUUAUUGUCUCAAGAUGGGUAAAACUGAAAGAAACAAAACUCUAUACGUAUUAUAUCAAAUUUGGUGCUCACAGCUGUAACUAAAUUUUCUGUUCUGAAUAACGUUAACCUAUGAAUUUAACAAUUUCGCGUUGAUAACCUAUCAAAUUGGAUAAUUUCACGAAAAAAAAAAACAAAUAUAUUAAUACGGACAGUAUCGGUAACAACAAAGUAAAAAAAAAACAGCAAAGUGGACCUCAUGUAAAUCCAGGACAAGUGAAGCAUAGUUGUAUAGAGUAACAAAGUCGCUACUUUCUAUAUUUACGAAUGUGUACUAAGCAGUAUAAACUGGUGAUUUGUAAUGUGUACUAAGCAGUAUAAACCACCAUGAGAAGGGGAAUCAACACUGUUAAAUCUAUGCCAACCAAGCUGAAUUGCAUUUUACAAUCGUCAUCAUAAUCAGCCAAUCUAGGGAAACUUGCAACCCCCCUGUUCUCUGGCGACCUACAGUUACAGUCUUCAAACCCCUCAACAAAACAGAAAGAUUCGCUCCUAUGAUCAACAAAGCAACAAAAAUCCAGAGAAAAGUUUUAAAGAAUCCAUACAAAUAUAAAGUUGCCAUGUGUCAAAUAUAGACAUUUAUUCUAGA